AUGAUAGUAUUCCUAAAGAAUUUUAUUAAGCAGAGUAAUCUCAAACGACACCAGCGCAUUCACACAGGAGAGAAGCCGUAUAACUGCUCAGAGUGUGGAAAGAGUUUUGCUCAAAGUAGUACCCUUAAAACACACCAGCGUAUUCACACAGGGAAGAAGCCAUAUCACUGUUUAGAAUGUGGGAAGAGUUUUGCUUACAGUAGUGCCCUUAAAGUACACCAGCGCAUUCACACAGGAGAGAAGCUGUUUUACUGCUCCGAGUGUGGGAGGAGGUUUGCUCACAGUUUUGCCCUUAAACUACACCAGCGUAUUCACACAAGAGAGAAGCCGUAUCACUGCUCAGAGUGUGGGAAGAGUUUUACUCAACAGAGUAUCCUCCGACAACACCAGCGCAUUCACACGGGUGAGAAGCCGUAUGACUGUUCAGACUGUGGAAAGAGUUUUGCUCGACAGAGUAUCCUCCAACAACACCAGCGCAUUCACACAGGAGAGAAACCAUAUUACUGCUCAGACUGUGGGAAGAUUUUUGCUCAUGGUACUGCCUUUAAAAUACACCAGCGUGUUCACACAGGAGAGAAGCCAUAUCACUGCUCAGACUGUGGGAAGUCUUUCGCUCGACAGAGUCAUCUCCAACAACACCAGCGUAAUCACCGAGGAGAGAAGCUGUAUUACUGCUUAGAGUGUGGGAAGAGUUUUGCUCACAGUAGUGCCCUUAAAAUACACCAGCGCAUUCACACAGGUGAAAAGCCGUAUCACUGCUCAGAGUGUGGGAAGACUUUUGCUCAGGAAUGUAAUCUCAAACGGCAUCAGCGAAUUCACACAGAAAAACUACACCACUGUUAAAAGUGUGGGAAGUAUUCUAUUGUGCAUUUUGUUCUCCAACAACACCAGCGCAUUCACACAGGAGAAAAGUUGUAUGGCUGUUUGUUGUGUGAAAGAAUCGUCUUUAAAGUACAACAGCACAGAUAUAAAAGACAUCACUGCUCAGAGUGGUGAGCUUUGGUGUUAAUAGUAAUUAGAAAAAACACCAGCGUGUUCAUGCAGGAGAGAGACCGCAUCACUGCUCACUGUGUGAAAAGAACUUUAGUGAAAUAUCCUUUUAAGCACACCACACCGGUGCAUUCACAUAAGAAGACAAACCAUAUUGCUGCUUAUAUUGUGGAUGAAGUUUUACUGGAAGCAGCAGUCCUAAUAGACACCAGUACUGUCACACUGAAGAUGAGCUUAUUUUACAUUUUUUGUGACUGAAGUCGUGUUGAAAAACGCCAACGCAUUUAGAUCUACUAAUAUAGACUAGAACUGAUACACUUUAAUUAUUAAAUGUAUAUCGUGGUAUGAAUAUGAUCAUUAAUCAUCAACUGUAAUGUUGUGUAAUGUACCUACCUCAGAUCUGAAUCUGUUUUUGUUAGUUAUUCGAGUUUAACCUAAUAAACACUGAACAACUUUUACCUCCAAGAGGAGGAAUUUUA